UGCUUUGGUUAAUUUGCCUGAUUUAUCUUUUUCAAAGAAGGAAAGAAAUAGACGUUGUCGCAUCCUAAAAUGUGGAGAACAGAAACGGAAAGAUCAAGAAAGACAGCCCAGAAGAUGAUGGGUGCUUUGAGUUUUGGUCCUGCCUUCUCUGCAAAGCCAAGAACACCUCUUCUUUUUGAACACAACAGUUCCUUCUUUCUUCCAAGAUUAACAAAAUCCAUCAAAAAGAACCUAUUUCUCGCUCCUGUUGCAAGAUUAUUAGGGCCCGCCAUUUUUGAGGCUUCCAAAAGAAUGCUGUUCUUGUUUUAUGCCAGGGAGAAGCAGCAACCAUGGAAGCUGUCAAGAAGGAGGGCUUCAGCUUCCACUACACAUAUUAGCAAAAUGAAGAUUGUUUAUUCUGAUUCUGAAAGUUCUUGUUGGGCUUCUUCGUAUGCUAUUAUGUUGCUGCUUGUAUUCAUAUUAUUUUGUAAUUUCGAUAUUAAUUAGUAUAAUUAAUAUUGAUUAUUAAUGAAGUAAGUGGAAUGAGGAAGUACAAAUUCACGUAA